AUGACAGUCCUCGGCAAACGAAAGUCGCGCGACGGCAACUCCUCCCCCAACGGAAUCUCGGCACUCGACGCUGAGGCCAUCUUCCGGCGACACUUUGAGGCGCAGUUCGAGCCGCUCAACGACGACGAGGCUGGUCCGGCGCGGACGCGGCGCGGACACGACUCCCCCGACCUCGAUUCAGAUACGGAACAUGAUGGCGAGGGGGAAGGAGGGGAGGAGGACGGCGAAGAAGAGGGAGGUGAUGGUGACGACAAUGAAUGGGGCGGCAUCUCCGGCAGCGAGGACGGGGAAGACGACAGUGAAGAGGACGUCGACGAUCUCAAUGACGAAGCGCCAGCCGUACAAAUAAUAGACCACUCGAAACCGCAAGUACCCAAGGAGCCCAAGAUGAGCACAAAGGAACUCAAAGCAUUCAUGUCCUCCAAAGUCAUCGACCCCUCCGCCCCCAAAACGACCAACCCCUCCACCACCACAACCACCCCCAAGUCCACCACCACCCUCCCCGAGGACGCCCCCUCUCUCCUCGCGCAGGAUCUCGAACUCCGCCGCCUCCUCUCCGAGUCGCACCUCUUCACCCCUUCCCACAACAACGCCGCCUCCGCCUCUGUCUUCGCCUCCUCCGUCGUCCACGGCGGCCCCUCCGCCUCCGACAAGCCGUUCUCCGAGGGCCGCACGCGGCUCAAGGCUACGGAGCUGCGCCUGCAAGCUCUCGGCGCCAACAAGGCGCAGGAGCAGCGCAUGCCGAUGAAGAUGCGCAAGGGCAUGGUGGCCAAGGCGGAGGCGCGCGAGGCCAAGCGCAGGCGCGAAGCCAGGGAGAACGGCGUCAUCCUGGAGAGGGCGAGUGGCAGUGGCGGCGGUGGUGGUGGGAAGGGCAAGACGAAGAAGAGUGCGAGUAGGGGUAGGCAGGGGAGGGGAGUGGAUGGGCCGGGCAUCGGGCGCAUGAGGGGCGCGGAGUUGCGCAUCAGCGAGAGCGACGUGAGAAAGAUUGAGGGCGGCAGAGAUGCAUUCGGCAGACACGGUCGCCGAUGA